UAUUAGUUGCAUAAGAGACCUCAAAGGACACACUACCAACAUGAAUUUUAGUAGGAUUUUAGAGGAGUAUCUGAAGAAUUCGACUUUGCAUGGCGCCAGAUUCAUAGUGGACAAGGAUGCCAGCUGGAUAGAAAGGAUUUUCUGGGUUCUUUGUCUGGUUGUGUCGUGGUAUGCCUCAUGGCUGCUCAUCAAAGCUUCUUUAAGUGCCUUUGAGAAUAAUGCCAUUAGUUUCGUGGUGGAGAGUUCCUACCGCGAUUGGAGCACCAAUUUUCCAGCCAUUAUAGUUUGUGAGUCAAAAAACAUGGAUAGGAUCCAAGAAGUGGCAGAACAGCUAUGGGGCUCUGAUCAUGACUUCACCUUGGAGGAAGUUCUCAGUGAGAUUGCCUUCUUUCGGGGCGAGUCCUACCACACAGUCCACGAAUGCAGUGGCCCGGAUUCCACCACCUCCUGUUUCUAUUCCAACUUCUCCUAUUAUGCGGAACUGGUCAGGAGCAGCUGUGUGGAUUCAAUUAGCAAUUGCGAAUGGAAUAGCAAGCCCUUCGAGUGCUGCAAGUACUUUCAUCGCAUGGAAACUGAACUGGGAAUUUGUUAUGCUAUUAAUUCACUUCAAGCUGGGAAAAACAAGGGUCCAAAGCUUAAUAUGUAUUCGAAUCGCUACACCGGACCGGGUACAUUAAAAAUGGAAUUGCACACGGAAGCCACGGUCUUUAUUUUGGGAACAGAAGAGGUACCCACUUUGGUUACACCCAAAACUGACUUUCUUGUGGUUGGUCCUUACAUAUCCUUUGUAAGAUAUAUCUCCAAACGUGACAUUGAAAACGACGAGGAGAUCCGGCAGACGAGUAUCCAGCAAAGGAAUUGUCGCUUUGCCGACGAGAAUAUCCUGGGAGUUCACAACUACUACAGUUACAGUGCCUGUACAGUGCAAUGUCGCAAGGACCGUCAGAUGGAGCUGUGUAACUGUUCCAGCCACCUCUCCCCGAACUCCCCCGACUGGCAGCUGUGCAACAUGGACGGUCUGGAGUGCCUCAACCGGAACUACGAGGAUCUCUCAGUGAUCAUUGCCAAAUGGUCGAAACGUCGUGGUCGCAAAGGUCUGGUCUGUGACUGUCUGCCAUCCUGCACGGAGGUGGAUAUAACCACGGUAUACGACAGCAAGGACACUAUGACAGGUACCCAGGCAAUAUCCAGGAUUGAGGUGGGAUUGAUUGAACUUCCAACGGAGCGAUAUAAACGGAAUUUGGUUCGCGGCAAGCUUGAUUUAGUGGUAUCUAUAGGCGGAACUACAGGUCUUUUCGUGGGCGCAAGUCUCCUGAGCUUUGUGGAGAUUGUUUAUUACAUCACCAUUCGACCGUAUUCCACCUACAUGUACGAAAAGUACCGCCUCAGGCGUCUAAUGCUGCCGAGAAGAUUUCACUAGAAUUAAAUUUGCAAAUUAAAAUAAAAGUGUU